CACUUCACCACAAGUCGCGCCAAGUGUUUUAUUUUGCUGAUAACACCGGUAAAUGAAUAAUAAUAAUACAUCUGAAAAUUUGAACUGUCGUGUAUUCAGCUUGAAAAAAGUUAAAUUUUAAUGAAAAAACUAGCAGUUCCUUCCUUACUAGUGAAGAAGAAUGUGUUUUUAUUCAUGUCUGUCACGUUUACCGUUUGUCUAGGAGGUAUCCUGUUCAAUUUGUUAACUCGGAGUGAUUCUACGAUGACUUCUGAUCAGUCCAUUCAUUCUGUAGUUUAUGUGACCACACCGAAUGAAGAUGUCGCCAAAAAUAUAGCAAGAGGUUUAGUUUCAAAAAAACUAGCAGCUUGUGUUAAUAUCGUACCAAAAAUUACCUCUAUAUACGAAUGGGAAGGUAAAGUGAACGAAGAUGCGGAAGUAUUAAUGAUGAUCAAAACUCGAAGUUCGGCUGUGCAAAAUUUAACAGAUUAUGUCAAGCAAAACCAUCCUUACAAAGUUUGUGAAGUUAUCGCUACAAAGAUUCACGGUGGUAAUGCUGAUUAUUUGAACUGGGUAUCCGAAUCUGUAUCUGUGCCCACCGGUGUGCCUGAAAGCUAAUAUAUUCAUCGUUCUCUUCAUUAAUUUCUAAGCCAAUUUAUAGCAUUUUUAAAUACCUAGUAAAAUAUUUUAAUUUAAUCGUCGAAGGGUACCAGUACUUUUCUAAAAUUGAAAUACAGCAAGAAAUUAAUUUCCUGUA